GUAACUUCCGUCAGGCGGCUACAGUGACUCGGACUCCUAGGAAUUAACCAGCAAGUCAUGUCCAACGAUCUUGACCUGCAAAUUUCCACCCUUCGCAAGUCGCGAUGGGUCAACCUCUCUGGGCUCGUCGAUUGUGCCUACGAAACUGUCUUUCGAAAUCUACCUGCCAAUCCAUCCAACUUCUCGGAAGAGGCAGCUAUAAUACCGUCUACAAACUUGUCUUCACUGAUGGCACAGAGAUCGCGGCUAGCGUAUCAGUGCAUGAUGAAGAGGAUUUCAAUCCCGAGGCAAAGCUGUCUGAGAUAGCUACUAUGCAGUUUGUUCGCACAUCCGGCUCGUACCCAGGUAUCCAUGUCCCACAAGUUCACGCUUGGGACAUUACAUUUUCUAAUCCAGCUGGUGCACCGUAUGUUCUCAUGGACGUCGUCCACGGACGAAGGCUCGACAAUCUCAUAAACGAUGACAACAAGCUUCGCGGUCUGGAUGGUAUGUCAGAAGUGCAGCAACUAGCCGUCACAAAGUCUCUGGCAAAGUUACAAUCUACUUUGUCAGCACCCGUACCAUUUGAUAAGAUCGGCAGCAUUACCCUCAAUAACGAAGGAAGCUUUAUCAUAGGACCACUCUUCACCAUCACACAGCAGAACCUUGGGGGACCAUAUCAAUCCCUCACAGACCUCUGGAAGGCCCGACUGGAGCACGAGAUAUUGCACGCUCUGAGGGAAUGGUCCAGGCUUGAGACGGACCAGCUUUCUCAGUCACUCUCAGAGCCUAAAUGCACCCCUCAAAUUUUUUCUGAGCUAUUACAACUUCUUGCCUCGCUCAUACCUCACUUUGUCCCUCUAUCGUCUUACCUCCCCUUGGUCUUGCACCAUCCAGACCUCGCACUCCGCAAUAUAUUUUUUGAUCCAAACGACGACACGAAGAUCACGGGGCUCAUAGACUGGGGAGGCGCACAGGUUCUCCCUCUUAUGCUCACCGCCAAGUUCCCAGAUGACUUAAAUUCGACCGGAGAGGAUCCCUGUGAGAGACCGGGGAUCCCCGAUGAAGGUUGGAACACUGUCCCACAUGACUGGACUUCGUUCGGUGACACUUCCGAGUGGCCGGAUGUCUUCCGGGGACCAAACGAUCAAGUAGAUCUGACCAUUCGAGCCAGCGCCAUGAUCAAGCGGUACUACCUCCGCCAGCACUUUGGUCUAUAUUUUGCGCAGGAGAACCAUGAUCGAUGUGGUGACUAUAAUCUUGGUCGCGCGAUGUUGUUCGCGCAUGCACCAUAUUAUCUCAAAUUCCAUGAGAUUAUAACUGGCGGCUGGACCUCUUUUGUUGAUCAUGCCGAGUGGAUACGUGAGACAUAUUGGCGAUUAAACGCGGUAAAACAGGACGGUCAGAGCACUGGGUUAAUUAUCGGUCCAAACGUCUACCGCAGCUCCAUGGAGAAGUCAGUAUUUGACUUGAACAUCUUCGAGACACAGUUCUCCGAUGGUGUCCAAGAUGGGGAAGAAGAUGGGGAAGAAGAUGACGACGUGCAUGAAUAAAUAUCAUAAACGGUACGUGGCAAGACUCUGUACAACACGCAAAUAUCAUACACUUCAAACUGAUUGAUUCGGUCUUAGCAUUCUU